AUGGGAAAGAUAGGAGCAUGCUUUAGAGCAGCCUGCAACCAUCCAUUUGUUAUGGUUAUGCUGUUCUUGUUGGCAGUUGUGUACAGAUCAUUUCCUUAUGUGUUUUCGUUAUUAGUAUCUGCCUUCCCUAUUAUUUUCUGUACUGGUGUUUUGCUUGGAGCAUUGCUUAGUUUUAGCCAAAAAAAAGCGCCCCAAAUCAGAGGAGGAGAGGAGGAUGAUAGGGGAAAUUUUAAGACUCACAUUUCAAAUGAUAGUGUGCAAACAAGUAAAGGGUGUAGUGAUGAUAGUUGUGAUGAUGAUGAUACUGGAUUUGAGCUACUGAAUAAAGAGAAUGGUGAUGGGUUAGUUUUGAACAAGGAUCAUUGUUUGCCCAUUCCAAAGUUGAGUUCUCAGGAAAUUGAUAACAAAUCAGUAUUGAUAGGUUGUUGUGAUUCUAAACUGCCGAAUAUUGGUUUACCUGCAAAACACAAGGAUGAUGAUGAAGAAAUUUUAGAUUCGGGGUGUGAUUCUUCUCCAGAUGCUGCUUCAGUUGCCGAGAUUGUAGCAAUGCUUGAUGAUGAGCUUCAUCCGCUUUUAGAUGAAGGUGCUCCACCCCGGCCUCCUGUUAAUGUUACUUCUGAGCAUUUUUCUAGGUCCAAUGAUAGCAGUGAAGAAUCUGAUGAUAGUAUUGAAGAAAAAACUGCAUUACAAGUUGAAGACGAAGAAGAAGAUGAAGAAGUAACAAAGAGUGCAAUCAAGUGGACAGAGGAAGACGAGAAGAAUAUGAUGGAAGUGGGAAGCUCUGAGCUCGAAAGAAACCAACUAUUAGAGCGUGUUAUGGAAAGACGAAGGUCAAGAAAGUGGGUGAGCAUGAUGAUGGAGAGCUCUAUUGUGACAACAAGGCAGAAUCCUUUCGACACUCUACCCGAUUCCUACCAAGAGGGAUUGCCUCCAAUCCCCGGAUCAGCUCCAUCUGUUUUAAUACCUAGGCGAAACCCUUUUGAUAUUCCAUAUUACUCUAAUGAAGAACACAAAACUGGAGAGAAUAAUUCUGGAUUAGAUUUUUUAGAUUUUCAACCUAAAGAAACAACAACAUCAACAUUGUUUGAGGGGAGUGAGUUUUUAAAUGUAGGGCCCUCAAUCUUUGGAGCGAGCAAGCAGAUGGCUCCACAAUCAAAUGGACAUGCCAACUCCAAGCUAAGUUCUGGUCCUGAAACUGAAUCGAUGUCAGAUGGGGAGGAUCUGGAAGACAAGAAAGAAGAAGAAGAAGAAGAUGUAGGGGAUAGGGAAGAAAAGAAAGUGAUUGAUGAUGAGCAUAUGUUUGAAGAAGCAGUGCUGGUAUCUAAGAUAGAGCAUGCUUCUGAGGAUGUUGGGCAUGGAAGUCAGUCGUCUGAAGAAGAAGAAGAAGAAGAAUGUUUGGAGUCAGGCAUGGGAAUGAAAAAUAUUUUAGUGGAUGAGAUUGUAAUGAAACCGGAAAAGUUAGAAAGUGUGGAGCAAAGUUACAGCAAUGCUUCAAGCUCCCUUACAUCAUCAGAGGUAAGUGGAAGGAUGUUUGUUGAGAAAGAAGUUGAAGAAAGAAGGUCCUCGUCCUCGUCCUCAUCCUCGUCCUCAUCCUCGUGUGGGUGUGGUGCAGAGAAUGGCAUAUCGAGGCAAGCUGCAGUAGAAUCGAACAUGUCAGGUAGCAGUUUAGUUGAGGAGGAGGAACGAAGAGAGCAGCCUGUUUAUGAUUCAAGUCCUCCUCAUCAUCAUGCUCCUACUCGCCAGAGUCUGAGGAGAAACUUUUCAUCUUCGUCAUUGGAUGUGCACGAGUCAUGGUUUCCUCCUAAACAGGUGAAGAGAACCGUAUCGUUUGCUCAAGGGGUUAUUAUGAUGGGAAGUAGUAGUAGUAGUAGUAAUCGGGACACUGAGAUGUCCAUUCCUAUUCCUAUUCCUAUUCCUAUUCCUAUUAUUAAAGAGAUGUUGGGAAGCUCCACAACAGAAGUGGUUCCAGAUCAUCAGCAUCAAGUCACCUCCAACAGCCACACCCAAGGGGACAUCAAGCAUCUGCAAGAUCAUCAACUUUCUGAAGCAGAUACUCAGUUUAAACCAGACAGAUGAUGGAUGAUGGAUGAUGAUGAGUCCACUUCCAAGUUCCAAUUCCUUCUCCUCCUCCUCAGCAGAUCAAGAUAGAUAGAUAGAUAAAUCAUCACAGUUGUUAGGCUUGCAGGGUUCAAGGUUCAAGAUUAUUCAAUCUGUUUAGACGAUAUCAACUAAACGAACAAGAAUUUGAUUCCCUUUUUACUUACUACUAUGUAAAGGUGAUGCUAAGCUAGUUUGGACAUUGAUUCAAUUUCACCGUGAAUCUGAAGAAGAAUUGGCAUAAUGUUCUCCCGUCAAGAAAUGGAUGGUUUCGAGGUGUUGGUAAACAAAACAAAACAAAAGGAAGAAUGAAUGAAGAGAGAGAGAAAUUCAGUUCAGCAUCCUAUCAUAUAUAUUUCUGUCUUCAGUACUACAAGAAGAGAAGAGGCGGCCAAUCACUAUCGCGGCCUUGCAGACAAAUUAAAGAUUAUUGAUUGAUUCAAGAAGACAUACUGCAUUUCAGAAACCUAUUAUCUAUUUAA